AUGACACCUAUUCUCACAGGAGCUUGCAACCCUGCUUCUCCCUCCUUUCUUCACAGAGCACCCAACACAGGCAGAACAGCACUGCCGGUAGAGCAUCCAGGGCAGCAUCCUGUAUCUCUGCAGAGCCCCAUACUUUGGAGCAUCAAGCUAAAAAAUACAUAUAAGGGUAAGGAUAGAACAAGAUUUAUUAUUAAAACCCUCCACUCACCUACCUACCUAUUUAUUUUAGAUGAAGACUGCAUUCUGGAGAUUGCUUUUUUACUGGACAGCUCCGAAAGUGCUAAGCAUUAUAAUCAUGAACAACAAAAAAAAUUUGUAUUGGAAGUGGUAGACCGAAUGAAAGAUCUGCAGCUUAGUUCUGGACGGACCCUUAGCUGGAGGAUGGCCUUACUCCAGUACAGCAGCACUGUUUCCAUAGAGCAAACUUUCCGUGACUGGAAAGGUCCUGAAGCAUUCAAAUCCCACAUCGUUCCUAUCACCUACAUAGGUCAUGGUACUUACACAACUUACGCUAUCACCAACCUUACACAACUCUACAUGACUGAAGGGACUCCAGGUAGUGUGAAACUAGCUGUACUCUUCACCGAUGGAGUCGACCAUCCAAGAAACCCAGAUAUUUUUGCAGCUACAGCUGAUGCUAAACACCAAGGUAUUGUAUUGUUCACAAUGGGAAUGACCAGAGUGGCUGAGGAGGUUAGCAACGCUGCCAAGCUCCGGCUCCUGGCCAGUGUCCCAGCAUCCAGAUUUGUUUCCAACCUCCAGAAGAAGGGAACUGUGGAGAAGGUUCUCACAGAAAUGAAAGAUCUGUCUGAGGAAGAAUGUCCCCAGGCUGCCAUAUGUAAAUGUGAGAAGGGGGAGAGGGGUCUUCCCGGCCCUGCUGGCAAAAAGGGUCGCACUGGGGAUGAUGGAACUCCAGGCCUGAAAGGAGCAAAGGGGGAACCAGGUCUUAAUGGAAUCCCAGGACAAGAUGGAAUAGAGGGAAAAUCUGGGUAUAAAGGAGAGAAGGGUGAAAGAGGUGAAUGUGGAAUCCCAGGGAUAAAAGGAGACAGAGGUCCUGAAGGUCCAGUCGGCCCCAGAGGUACAAGAGGGCCGCAGGGUCCACAAGGACAAUCUGGAGAUCAGGGGCCUGAAGGCCUGCAAGGAUCAAAGGGUGAAAGAGGUCUCCCUGGGCCACCUGGCUUGCCUGGAGAGACUGGAAUAGGACUGCCAGGCCCAAAGGGUGACACUGGUUUGACAGGAAGACCAGGCCCAGUCGGCCCACCUGGAGUUGGUGAGCCAGGAGUUCUGGGGCCUCAAGGACCACAAGGUGUUCAAGGAGAACGAGGUUCACCAGGAGAAGGGCUUCCAGGAGCAAAGGGAGACCGUGGUUUUGAUGGACCAAAAGGCCCUCGCGGACCUCCAGGCAUCAGCAUAAAAGGUGAAAAGGGUGAAUUUGGUCCACCUGGUUUACCUGGACCAAUAGGAUUACCUGGAAUUGGAAUUCAAGGAGAGAAGGGAGUGGAAGGCCCCAAGGGACCACCGGGCUCCAGAGGGCUACCAGGACAGGGACUACCUGGACCGAAGGGUGAACAAGGCUUGCCAGGAGAGACUGGAGUGCCAGGAGAAAGAGGUAUUGGAGAACCUGGUUCUAAGGGUGAGCCAGGCCUUUCAGGACUGGCAGGUCUGCCUGGCCUUCCAGGAGAAGACGGAGCCCCUGGACAAAAGGGUGAACCAGGAUUACCUGGUCUUAGAGGUCCCGAAGGUGCUCCAGGGGUUGGAAUACAGGGGGAGAAGGGAGAUCAAGGUCAGAGAGGAAUACGUGGAUUAACAGGACCAACAGGAGUGCCUGGGCCUGCAGGAGCUAAAGGAGAGCCAGGUGUGCCUGGACGUCUUGGAAUGCCAGGCCCUCCUGGAAGAGCUGUGCCUGGACCAAAGGGUGACACUGGGCUACCUGGUCUUGCUGGACCAAUUGGAGAACCAGGUUUUGGGCUUCCUGGGGCAAAGGGUGACCGAGGCCUUCCAGGACUUCCUGGGCCCUAUGGGCCAAAAGGAGAUGGUUACCCUGGUCCACCUGGCUUGCCAGGCCUUCCUGGGAUUCCCGGUGAGCAAGGCCCUGAUGGAGUCGGACUACCAGGACCUAAGGGUGAUCUUGGUAGUAGAGGACCAAUUGGUCUCCCAGGUCCCCCAGGAGAAGGUCUGCCAGGACCAAAAGGAGCUGCAGGACGCCCAGGGCUGCCUGGCCCUUUGGGACCUCCUGGUGAAGGCAUUCAAGGAAUUAAGGGGGAACCAGGAAUUCAAGGAAUGCCAGGACCACGAGGCCCCCCUGGAGAAGGGCUUUUGGGACAGAAGGGAGAUCGAGGAGCAACAGGUGAAAAAGGGAAAAAAGGAGAAAAGGGAAAUGUGGGUGAUCCUGGUUUAUCUGGAGAACCUGGCAAAACUGGACCAAAGGGAGAGCAAGGCCUAACAAGAGAAGAUAUAAUUAAAUUAAUUAAAGAGAUAUGUGGUUGUGGCAUUAAAUGUAAGGAAAUUCCCAUGGAGCUUGUAUUUGUGAUUGACAGCUCUGAGAGUGUGGGACCAGAGAAUUUUGAGAUUAUCAAGGACUUCGUAACUGCCUUAGUAGACAGAGUAACUGUAGGCAGAAAUGCCACCAGAAUUGGCCUUGUACUGUACAGUUUAGAAGUUCAGCUAGAAUUUGGUCUCAACAAGCAUACAACUCAACAGGAUGUUAAACAAGCAAUUAGAAAAAUGCAGUACAUGGGAGAAGGCACUUACACAGGAACUGCUAUCCGUAAAGCAACUCAGGAAGGAUUUUUAGGUGCUCGAACAGGAGUGCGAAAAGUAGCUAUUGUGCUCACAGAUGGCCAAGCAGACAAGAGAGAAGCGGUGAAACUAGACAUUGUCGUUCGAGAGGCUCAUGCAGCAAACAUCGAAAUGUAUGCAAUAGGAAUCGUAAAUACUUCCGAUCCAACACAAGCUGAGUUUGUGCACGAACUAAACCUGAUUGCUUCAGAUCCAGACAGAGAACAUAUGUAUCUCAUCGAUGACUUUAAUACCCUCCCAGCUCUGGAGUCCAAAUUAGUCAACCAGUUUUGUGAAGAUGAACACGGUACCUUAAUUUACAAUCGUAAUGGAAAUGGUGCAAGCGUAAGUGGACUGUCUUUCCAUUCAGUACCUUCAAGUUCUUCGUAUUACAUGCUUCAGAACAACAAUAUUAAUGGACAAGCACUUUCAGCACAGACACCUGGGGUAUCUACAGUAGAAAGUCCUCUGGGUCUUGGUGAUCUUCCUCAGCCAUCAGUUCUGACCAGCUUACCUACUGUGGGAGUUAACGAAGCCUACGAAGAUAAACUAGAGGAAAAGGAACAGUCACCCAUGGUAACAGUGGACGCUAGAGCUGUGACAUCAUCAUUGCCACCAUCAUCUUCAGACAAAGUGCUGACAUCAUCUCUUUCAACUGCAAGGCUCACACCAAGGCCAGAGAGUGUUCUGGACCUCCGAUGCAAGUUAAGGCUGGAUCAAGGGCCAUGCCGUGUUUAUAUCAUAAAAUGGUAUUAUGAUAAACAAGCCAAUGCAUGUGCUCAGUUUUGGUAUGGUGGCUGUGAUGGGAAUGCAAAUCGUUUCGAGAGUGAAGAGGAAUGUAGAGAGGCUUGUGUAUUUUUUUCUGGAGGUAAGAAUUUGUAUCCAUCUCUAUAUUAAUAACUAGCAAGUUGAAGCUCUUGCUUGUUUGAGUUAGUUAAGAAGUAUCAAGUAUGGUAUGUAAAACUAAACCCACUAAUUUUAAGAACGUUAACGUUGUGAAGUCAUAUAUUCACUAAUUAAAAAAAAAUCUACCUAUGCAAGCAUACUUUAAUUCCUUUUGCACAUAUUUUAUGAUUUAGUCCUUAUGUAACAAAGCAGCACAUUUCCAGCAGUAUCAGGAAUACAUAAUUUCCUUCUUACUAAGAUCAAGACCAGUAUAGCACUUGUAGCAAUCACCCCUCUUUCUAAAUAAUACUGUUAUACAAUCACUAACUAUACUUCAUUUUAAAUUAUACAUAUGGCUUUGGAAAGCAGUCCUUAGUCAUUAACAAUCACGUUUCCUCUCUCUUACAGAAACCUGAUAGUUGGCAUGGAUUCCGCAAUGAAGUCUUCAUUUGCUUUAAGGAAGAGUGUUCCCACAAAUCCUAUUUUCAUAUUCCAAGCACAGAAUAUCAAUUUCCAAAUUACACGCAACUACUACUCAGGGGCUACCAGAUAAACACAGCAAACGCAACAACUUGUUCCCUACAUGCUGUCCAGGUCACAAGACAGGGAGGUAGCUGAGCUACUCACCUCUCCCAACCACAUCCUUGUUAGAUUUAGACCUUUUAUCUAUAAGCUCUCCUCUGUUUCCAACAACUAGCAAGGUACAUGAUAAAUGAAACUAAAACACUCCCACAAAUUUGUAUAAGUAACUACACCGGUAGCUGACAUCAACAAGUUAUGUUAGUUCCUGCCUAAAAUGGUUCUUGUCAUAUGUUUCUCUUCAAAAAGCCCUGACUUUUAAAUGCAUUUUAGUAUUUUGCUGUUUCUUAAAAACUCUUUCAACUUAUGUUCAAAACAUCAAACUCAGUAGAGUUUAUUCUUUGUUGCCUGUCACUGCCAUACACCUUUUUACAUUUGUGCUUGCAUUUAUUUGAUAUGUCUCUCAUUACUUGAAUUAUAUACUUAAAAGCUUGUUUCUAAUAAACUGUAUCUGGUUUUACUGCUAGAAUAGAGAGCAGAUAAACAAUGCCUUUACAGAACUAAAAACUGAUCUCACUGCUGAGUUACAGCUAGAUGUGUUCCUGAUUCUACAACUGGAUUUCAACCACAGUCUUGUUAAGGAAUUGCCACAGAUUAGGCACUCCUGCAUAUGAGGCCAGAAUGUUUGCCUUUUGUUUUCUUUUCCUGAACAAACAGAAAUUGGAAAUUUGAAUUAAGCCUCAAGAAUUUCAUUACAACUAGUUUCUCAACAACUUCCAUACAAAUUUUAAGGCACAUCCAAGAAAUGACUAAAUUUUAAACUGAGGCCUCUCCACAACUCCUCUAUCCCAUCCUGGUCUCUCUGUCUCCCCAUCACCUUCAAGGCUGUUGCAGCAGCCACGACCAGGCAGCUGGGACAGUACAGGCUGUCACUGUUUUCAUUUCAUGGAGCUUGUAAUGGCUUCCAGGCUGGUCACAAGGGACUCCUUGCAAAUUCAAGAGUCCGCUCCAGUAAAAAAAUUGUCAGUGGAGAAGUUUCUUUCUGUAAAUCAUACUUUCACAGAAUCACAGAAUGGCUG